GAAACAAUUCUAAUAGGCCAUCCAUUUCUCCAGAAUGUCGACUUUACUUGACCCUCUGGAAAUAGUGGCAGAAACGUGCGAUGCCUUGUGGGAGAUAUUUGGGCCAAUUUAUUUGUCGAUUCCUAAGAAGGAUGAGUGGAAGCGUAUCGCUAUCGAUUUUAAUUCCAUGUGGAAUUUACCCAAUUGUAUUGGUGCAAUUGAUGGCAAGCACAUAAACAUAUUUUGCCCAUCAAACUCAGGUUCCCUUUUUUAUAAUUAUAAAGGGAACUAUUCCAUUGUUCUGCUGGCGGUGUGUGAUGCGAAUUAUACUUUCACUUGCAUUGAUAUUGGAGCUUACGGCUCGCACAGUGAUGGUGGCGUUUUAUGAAAUUCUGGCUUUGGGAGACAGCUCUAUAGUGGAAAACUGGAUCUUCCUGAAAACGAUGUGCUACCAUACUCUGACAUAACUUUUCCCCAUUAUUUUGUUGGAGAUAAUGCGUUCCCGUUAAAGCCAUUUUUAAUGAGGCCGUACCCAGGUUUGUAUGAACAAUUUAAAAAUUAGUAUUUUCUAAUUAAACUCAUUUACUCAUUUUAGGAACCAACUUAUCUCUGGAGAGGCAAAUCGAUGGAGAAUCCUUUUAAAUCCCUUACAAAUGAGCCCUUUAUCUGCCGAGAAAAUUGUAAAGGCUACGGUUCUCCUUCACAAUUUUCUUAAAAUGCACGAUGGUAGCUAUUGCCCGCCGGAAUAUGUUGACCAGGAGGACGGCGACUCUAUCAGAAGAGGAUUGUGGCGGAGUGAUAUUUCGACCCCCUUGCAAAGAGCUAGGCGGAUAGGUUCGAACAAUGCGUCACAAAAUGCGUUUAAGUUAAGAGAUGAUCUGAAGAGUUACCUUGUAUCCCAUCCAAUUUAAAGGAUGGCACAAUAAAAAAAGGUGAUUUAUAUUUUUUAUCUAAUGUGCGAAAAUAGUUAACAUAUAAUGCUAUUUUUAGCCUCAACAGAACCAAGAUGAGUUUGCCAAGCGGAGACGCAAAACAUGAUGGCAUGCAAUAACAAAAACAA